CAGGAAGUUGGCCGGUCAGCUGUAAACUUAGCUGUUUGGCUAACAUAUGAGCUACAGCACACGUGAUGAAAAUGUGAUGAUGGACUUUUUUGUUGUUUAACUCGUUUUAUUUUCGCAUGCAAUCUGUACCGAUAAACCUGCUCGUGUAAACAGUCUUAAUUCUGUUUGGAGCUAAAAAAUAAAAAAAAUAAAUAAACUCGACUAGCUCCAUCGCAUUAGCUCGAGGCCGUGUCUCAUUUGGACUCCAUUGUGCAUCAUGGAGGGCUCCAAGUCGUCCAGCACCACCAUGCAGGUGAGCUUUGUGUGUCAGCGCUGCAACCAGCCUCUCAAACUCGACACCAGCUUCAACGUCCUGGACCGGCUCACCAUCCAGGAGCUCAUUGCUCCACUGGUCACUGUGACCCAGAGCAAGCAGACAGAAAGCGGCAGCACUGACAGUCCUCCUGAGGAAACGUUUGUGGAGAAUAAGCAGGACGGCGUUUCGCGGAAGUACAUCCCUCCUGCCAGGAUGAUGUCCACAGAAAGCGCUAACAGCUUCACGCUAAUCGGUGAGGCCUCGGAUGGAGGAACCAUGGAGAACCUGAGCCGCAGGUUAAAGGUAACGAGCGAUCUGUUCGACAUCAUGUCGGGUCAGAGUGAUGUCGAUCACCCGCUGUGUGAGGAGUGUACGGACACACUGCUCGAUCACCUGGACACGCAGCUCAACAUCACCGAGAACGAGUGCCAGAACUACAAGAAAUGUCUGGAGCUGUUGUCCCAGCAGCAGGAGGAAAACGAAGACAUGCUGCUGAAGGAGCUGCAGCAGCUCAGGCAGGAGGAGGAAACGCUCAUCCAGGAACUGGAGGCCAUCGAACAGCAGCGAGAAUCUGUCGCCAUGGAGCUCACAGAGGCACGACGCCACGCCCAGCAGCUGGACACCGAGGAGCUGCAGUAUCAGAAGGAGUACUGCGAGUUUAAACGGCAGCAGCUGGAGCUGGACGAUGAACUGAAGAGUGUCGAUAAUCAGAUGCGCUACUGCCAGGCUCAGCUGGACCGCUUGAAGAAAACGAACGUCUUUAACGCCACCUUUCACAUCUGGCACAGCGGUCAGUUUGGGACGAUAAAUAAUUUCCGUCUGGGGCGAUUACCCAGCGUCCCUGUGGAGUGGAACGAGAUUAACGCUGCCUGGGGUCAGACUGUACUACUGCUGCACGCUCUCGCGAACAAGAUGGGUCUAUGCUUCCAGAGAUAUCGACUUGUUCCUUAUGGAAACCACUCGUACCUGGAGUCCCUCACAGACAAGUCCAAGGAGCUGCCGCUGUAUUGCUCGGGAGGACUGCGCUUCUUCUGGGAUAACAAGUUUGAUCAUGCGAUGGUGGCAUUUUUAGACUGUGUGCAGCAGUUUAAAGAGGAAGUGGAGAAAGGCGACACGGGAUUCUGCCUACCGUACAGAAUGGACGUGGACAAGGGGAAGAUCGAGGACACUGGUGGAAACGGAGGAUCGUACUCCAUUAAAACACAGUUUAAUUCUGAGGAGCAGUGGACCAAAGCGCUCAAGUUUAUGCUGACCAACCUGAAAUGGGGCCUGGCGUGGGUUUCGUCCCAGUUCUACAACCGUUAAAAGAGAGGUAGAGAGAGAAAACCAGGCUCACGAGAUCUCUCCGAACCCUGUUGUGCUGAAAGUUUUGGUGAAAUGGUGAGGGGUAGCUUAACGACGACUCUCUAUCCAAGUUGGCUUUCACCAUUUGUUUUCGAAACUUACUUUGACACUGUUUUAUAGAAACACUUCCUCAAGCAAAACUAAAGAAGGCCUGGGUCGAGGACAGAUCGCCACGCUCGCUAUGCCUUCCAAAAGAUUAUUAUUCAAAUAUUUCUGCAUUCUGCAAGCAAUAAACACUCUUGUCAGGCUACUACACGUGUCGCAAGCAGCAUGGGAAGCGCCGUAAAUCCAGAAUGUUUCAGCACUGAGGUCGGAUGGGUCACGUCCCAAUCCUACAUCUACUCCUCACGCCUUUCUUAAAAAAAAAAAAAGCAAGCAUACUUGGUGUAUCGUCAUUGCGAGCUUUCACAUUGUUCUCGUCUCAUUUCUACAGUGUCUAGCACACUCAUACGCACGCUCAAUAGUACCUUAGAGCUAAAGGUAUUUUCGUUCAUUUAAACAUCAUAACCUCGCACUUUCAAAUAAAAUAACCACAAUAUGUUCCACACAUCAGCUGGCACUCAUGUACUUACCAGUGUGAUAUAUUAUUUACCAACUUCACGUAGAUGUUCUCUCUACCAUCUUGGACCCGCUGAUAUGUUCACUGAUGACUUUUAUGCUCAAACGAUUACAACGAUCUCACUGCUAUCGUUAAUGCUUUAAAACGUGCGCCGUUUUCUUUGAAGUUGUGUAAAGGUUUUUGUAGCCAAUCUGAAUUUAAAAAAAAAAAAAUUUCCCUGCAGAUUUUCACAAGUUGCAUAAUUCACAUUACCUUCACAUUUAGCCACACCCACAGAACUCCAUGAAAGGCAAAGCGAGCUGAAAAUAUCAAAAUGGCGACUAAACAAUGAAAGCACGCCUCUUAAUCACAGCAUGCGUUAACUCUUUCAGUAAUGCAGCUCAGCCAGUUUUACGCAAACAUUUUCAUCAGCACCACAUUUCUUGUUAAUGUUUCUGCAAACGAUCUCUGAAUGAAUUUCUUUGUAUCCAGUUUGAUAAAUGAGCUCAACUCUCCCCUCCUUAUUAUGUUUAUUGAAAGGUGAAGCCCAAACUGUCAUGAUUUCUCUAGUUUUCAUUCAUGAACUCAAUCGGUCAUGUUCCAAAUAUAAUGAGAGCUAGAACUGUAAUAUCCCUGAAAGUGUUAAUGCGUAUUAAAUCUGAAUGUUGUCUUGUCUCUGACUUGGACAUCAAGAAACAGCUGUUGUUGCGUAGCAUUGUCAAGAAAAAAGUGAAAUAAAAUAAGAAGUGGACACUAAA